UCCCAUCUUAAACGCAGAGAGAGAGAGAGAGAGAGAGUUUCCUGAAACCAAGAAACGGCUCCCCUCUCGCUCCUGUAGGAAAAGACCCUUUCUGCAGCAGCAGCGUCGAGAAACGGCAGAGCAAACCCCCCCCUCCUUUUCUUCGAUUCUUUCGUGCAAGCAAAUCGUCAUCACAAUGGCUCGCUCGCUCUCGAACGCCAAGCUUUUCUCAGCCGCCCUCGUCGACGGCAUCUCCGCCUCCAUCGCUAGGCGCGGGUACGCGGCGGCGGCGUCGCAAGGGGUUGCUUCGAGCUUCGCGAAAACAGGGGCGACCAGGAGCGCCGUGAUGCCGAAGAAAGCAGCGGAGGAGGUGGCCAGACCCACCGAGCGCGUCUCGUGGGUGCCCGACCCGAAGACCGGGUACUACAGGCCCGAGAACCGCGCCCAGGAGAUCGACGUGGCCGAGCUGCGUGCGGUGCUCUUGAAGAACAAGAACAACGCAGAGAGAGAGAGAGAGAGAGAGAGAGAGAGGAAGAGUUUCCAGAAACCAAGAAACGUCUCCCCCCCCUCCCCCUCUCGCUCCUGUAGAAGAAUACCCUUUCUGCAGCAGCAGCGUCGGGAAACGGCAGAGCAAACCCCCUUCUUUGCUUCGAUUCUUUGUGCAAGCAAAAUCGUCGUAACAAUGGCCCGCUCCCUCUCGAACGCCGCCGCCAAGCUUUUCUCGGCCGCCCUCGUCGACGGUGUCUCCGCCUCCAUCGCCAGGCGCGGGUACGCGACGGCGGCGUCGCAAGGGGUUGCUUCGAGCCUCGCGAAGACAGGGGCGGCGACCCGGAGCACCGUGAUGUCGAAGAAAGCAGGGGAGGAGGUGGCCAGACCCGCCGAGCGCGUCUCGUGGGUGCCCGACCCGAAGACCGGGUACUACAGGCCCGAGAACCGCCCCGAGGAGAUCGACGUGGCCGAGCUGCGCGCAAUGCUCCUGAAGAACAAGAACUGAGCCCCCCCGCCCCGCCCUCACCCCCGAUUCGAUCGUGAUCGCGGCGGCGCCGCCAUCGUUUCCGGAGGCGUCCGUCCCCGCGACGUGACUCGAUUGUAUCGGAAGUGGGAAAUCUGCAUGCCCCCUCUUUGCCGUUUUAGGAAAUUUGCUAGCAAAGCUAUUUGUAUUGUACCCUCGAACUUACGUUCUUCAUGGGAAUAGAUAUUGGAUUUGCUCUA